AUGCACGAUGUGAUGGAAGUAACUAAGGAAAACUUCCAGAAAUGUAACAAAGAGAACCCAAUUGCCGUCUACCGGACUGGCUCUGACAAGAUUGAGCUCAAAAGGUCUGGCCUCCAUUUCUUCAUUUGCAGUACUCACAACCACUGCGAAGCCAGACAAAAGGUGAGCUUUAACGUUGAUUUCGCGCCUGGACAACCUCGGAAUCCAUUGGCAGAGGACUUGAAGUACGAAAAAGAUAAUGAAGAGAGCCACGCACCAUCUGAAUCACCCAACGCACCCGGUCCUUCAGGUGGUUUGCCUCCUUAUUCCUAUGCUCCCACAUAUAGCCCAUCCCCAUGA